AUGGCGCAAGCGGCAGAGGGUGGUUCAGUACAUCUGAAUAGCCCAAGCGCGAACCAGGAGACUGUCACUCAGGGGAUGGAAGGCGCCGAUGCUGAGAUUUCCCGGGUCAAAACCGUGCAUUUCGGUUGCUUCAACGACCGGAUCCAGACAGAAGUGCAAAACCUUCAAAUUGGGCUGUCAACCCUUGAUGGUGCGAUCAGUGAGUUAACCAGGCAAUUUAGGAAGUAUAGAAAGAUAGUUAGCACUGUUGGUGAUCGCUACGGCGAUGAUGAGGCCUUGAUCAGAAAGAUCAAUGAUCUCGAGACUGGGAAUAAGACCAUAUGGAAGCAAGCUCAGGAUGAUCGGGACUCACACCGAAAGGAGAUAGCUGAGUUGAAGGAGCAGUAUGCAAAGGAAAUUCUUGGCCUUCAAGCGAUUGCGGAGGCCGGCAACCAGAAGAAAGUACAAUACGAGCAGAAAAUUCAAGAUCUAGAAGAGGAGCAUGUCCGUGCCCAACAGAAACGAGACCAGGAGCAGAAGCAGAAAAUACAGGAUUUGGAGAAAGAACAUCAACAGAAGAAGGAGCAGCUGGAAAAGGACAACGCGCAAAAGAUCGCCGACCUGGAGAAAGACCGGAAGGAGUUGGAGGAGACGGAGGCUCGGCUCAGCAAGGAGUUGCACGACCGGACAUCCGAACGGGACCGGGAGAAGGACCUACGGAUCAUGGUACAAAAGGAGUUACAAAGCGACGUGACAAAGCUGCAGGGAGAGCUUACCAGCAUCAAGAAACAGUAUCAACUGGAACAGCGGCCUUUGAAAUUCUACACGGAGGAGUAUAAGAAGCUAUUUGAACGGGUCCACCAGGUUGUCUGCCAGCACCUGACAGAUCUUCCGAAUAAAGCCUUACAGAAACCAGCGGACACAUCGGACAAAGUGUGCCAAAUAAACCCAAUCUUUAAACAAAUCCCCAUCGCCGAGUCCGAGUGUUCGGUGAUGCUGCGACGAGCCGCUGCCGAGCACAUCAUCAUUAAGUUCAUAUGUGAUACAUUCUGGCGCCCGUUUUUCUCUGAGUAUCUGGUGUCGAGCCACGUGAAUGACUCAGUGUUUCCGACGAUGCAUUUAGGCAUGGCCGAAGCUGGAAGGGCUUUUCAACAUCGGUGGAAAGUGGCCACAUUGAAGACGUUGGAUACGCUCGACGAGACGAAUAUCGCGAACGCACAGGUCGAGAUUAGGAAGCUUGUUGAACAAGAAAUCAUACGACCCUUGCAAAUUCUUGUGGACGACUCCCAGGCGUUCCUCUCUGACUUGAACCAAAUCUUCCCCCUGGCUAUUGAAUUGGGCAAAGCUGCAGAGCGCGACCAGAUGAACAUCAUUAUUGACAAGACUCCGUACGUAAGCGAACAAGAUUCGGGUGGGUGGAUCGACUGGUUGGACGAGAGCUAUGAGCCUGACUACGGGUCUGAUGAAUCUCCGUCAUCGCCAACUAGCAGCAUCACCGCGGCUAGUUUGGUCGUCCGCAAAGACCCGUUGUUGACAAGUCCCAAGAUUUUGCGUCAGGUGGAGACUAACGGAGAGAUGGAGUUGAUUCUCCCGGGUCGAGCGAUAUUCCCGGAACGGGGCAUUUUCCAGGAGGGGGCCUUACAAUGGCAGAAGAUCCGCAAUGCGUCGAGCGAAGUGGCUCGGGCGAUGAAUGGGAUGGGUCGACGACAAAGCACCAGCACGGUAGGGUUGGGGAUGAGUAUGCAAUCGCCAAUGAAGACGUCCAUUCAGUGGGGUGCCUCGAGUUUGGUUGAGUAG